GGUGUGAAGCCCUAGGAUCUGCUAUCACAGAGACAGGCAUUAAGCACUUUACAAGGGCAAGCAUUUUCAGGCGUGCUGUUUGAAGCAUACCAGGAAAUGUGUCCCUCAACACGAUCCAGUGCUGUUCAGCAAGUGUUGUAGAUGCCACUGAGGCCCCUGUCCCAGCAGGAUCGGUGCUAAUUUACUGCUGCCCCCAGUGCCUGUGGCUGCCUUGUUUUGUGGCUGAAUGUGCAAUCCAGCACUUUAUCCUUAGUGAAAAAAGCAGCAGGGAGCGGCCGAGCGUGGGAGGGCUGCCUGCAGCCUGGACUAGAACAACAUAAACAACAUAAAAUUUUUAUCUCACCUCUUUUUUUUGGACUGCGGAGGGAUCAUCCUAGUGGCGCAGCCGUGCUCCUUUGCAAUGUUUUCUUUCCCGUGUCAUUCAGAGGGACAUCAGGUAUGUCUGUCUGUAGCCUCCUGCCCUCUGUCCCUGUUGCCAUAGGAAGAAUUGAGGUCUUUGGCGACAGAAGGGAGGGGGAAAGGGCUGAGAGGGAAGGAGGCAGGCCUGGUGGAGCAGGGAGCUGCAAGCCAGGUGUGCGGGGCGCUCUGCGCUCGGAGUUACAAAGCGGGCAGGAAUGCAGCCAGCGAGGGCGUGAGCUCCGGGCAUGGGAGGCAGGAAGAGCACUCGGUCCCUUCCGUCUCCAUCCACCUCUCCGAGCCUGGCCUUGGCCUUCCCCCACCCCUUUGAUUAUUCAUUAACUACAGUCCAGGAAGUGCUUUGCAAAUGGUGAAAAUUAAGCCCGCGGCUUGCGGCCCGAGGUUUGCCUGACCUGGAGCUGUCUCCUCCUCAGCCCGCCCGGGAGCAGGCGGGGUUCGGGGUUCGCCUGUGCGCAUCGGGCUCAGUGGGACCCCCUUGGUUGAGGGCUGUGGUACUUCCUCCACCAGCUCCUGUCAGUCCUCCAUCAGUGGGGAUCUGAGAGACAAGACCCUGAUGCCAUCCUGUGGGUGGUUUCACCGUGACCUGAGUGGGCUGGAAGCUGAAGCCUUACUGAAGGGACGAGGUGUCCAUGGGAGCUUCCUGGCCAGACCCAGUCGGAGGAAUCAGGGGGAUUUUUCCCUCUCAGUCCGGGUUGGUGAUCAGGUAACCCACAUCCGCAUCCAGAAUACUGGGGAUUUCUAUGACCUGUAUGGAGGGGAGAAGUUUGCCACCUUGUCAGAACUGGUGGAGUACUACACGCAGCAACAGGGCUCGCUGCAGGACAAAGAUGGAACCAUCAUCGACUUGCGAUACCCGCUCAACUGUUCUGACCCCACAACAGAGAGGUGGUACCAUGGGCAUCUGUCAGGCCCUGCAGCCGAGUCACUGCUCCAGGCCAAAGCUACCCCUUGGACCUUCUUGGUGCGGGAGAGCCUCAGCAAACCUGGGGACUUUGUCUUGUCUGUCCUCACUGACCAGCCCAAACCUGGGUCUGAUGCUCCAGCUGGGGCAAGCGGUGCCUCUGGGACCCGGCUCAAAGUCACACACAUCAAGAUCAUGUGUGAGAAUGGACGCUACACAAUUGGAGGGGCUGAGAUGUUUGACAGCUUGGCAGAUCUGGUGGAGCACUUCAAGAAGAUUGGAAUUGAGGAGAUGUCUGGUUCCUUUGUGUACCUGAAGCAGCCCUACUAUGCUACGAGGGUGAAUGCUGCUGACAUUGAGAACAGAGUGCAGGAACUGAACAAGAAGACAAGUCUGUCUGAGGAGACAUCCAAGGCUGGAUUCUGGGAGGAAUUUGAUAGCUUGCAAAAACAGGAAGCCAAGCACCUGUUUGACCGUCAUGAGGGCCAGAGACCUGAAAAUAAGAGCAAGAACCGAUACAAGAACAUACUGCCCUUUGAUCACUCCAGAGUCAUCCUCCAGGGAAGGGACCCAAAUAUACCUGGAUCUGACUACAUCAAUGCCAACUAUGUCAAGAACACCCUGAUCAGCCCAGAUGAGUGCACCAAGACCUACAUCGCCAGCCAGGGCUGCCUGGAUGCCACAGUCAACGACUUGUGGCAAAUGGUGUGGCAGGAGAACACACGCAUUAUUGUGAUGACAACACGGGAGGUGGAAAAAGGCCGGAACAAGUGUGUGCCUUACUGGCCAGAGCUGGGCAGCACGAAGGAGUACGGUCCCUACCUUGUGCAGAACACCGGGGAGCACGACGCGCUGGAGUACAAACUCCGGCACCUCUGCGUGUGCCCCAAGGACAACGGCAAGGCUGUGCGUGAGAUCUGGCAAUACCAGUACCUGAGCUGGCCUGACCAUGGUGUGCCCAGUGAGCCGGGAGGAGUCCUCAGCUUCCUUGACCAGAUAAACCAGAAGCAAGAGAGCAUCCCCAACGCAGGGCCUAUUCUGGUACACUGCAGUGCUGGGAUUGGCCGCACUGGGACUAUCAUCGUCAUUGAUAUGAUAGUGGAAACAAUCUCCACCAAGGGGCUGGACUGUGACAUUGACAUCCAGAAGACCAUCCAGAUGGUGAGGGCCCAGCGAUCUGGGAUGGUGCAGACAGAGGCCCAGUACAAAUUCAUCUACAUGGCCAUCUGCCAGUUCAUAGAGGCAACCAAGAAAAAGCUGGAAGUUAUCCAGUCUCAGAAAGGCAAGCCAAACGAGUGUGAGUAUGGGAACAUCGCCUACCCCCCUGCCGUGAGGAAUGCGCACGCCAAGGUUUCGCGAAAACCCUCCAAGCAGAAAGAGGAGUCAACAGUGUAUGAGAACUUGGGGAAAAAGGAGGAGAAGGUGCGGAAACAACGCUCCUCAGAGAAGAAGAUGAAAGGCUCACUAAAGAAAAAAUAACCACACGUUGCAGGUACCCCCAUGGGGGUUUGAACCUGGGCUGCAGGACUGGAGCUCACAUCCCAGCUGGCCUGUCUCGCAUUCCUUGCUCUUGCACUGGAACAAAGCCUUCCCCUUCUGUUCCGUGCCAGCUUUCAGUGCCGUGAACCAGAGCGCUCUCCAGCUCAGCUGACCGGCUCCACGGUCCCUUGCCUGCGCAGGCGAGCAAAGUCUCUCCAGCGCCCUCCUCAUCCAUUAGCAGGAAAAGGUCACGCCCCUCCUUCCCUUGCUCCCUGAGCACCGGGGCCCAAACUCGCCUUUGCUCUGUCAGCUUGAGUGGAAUUCUCAGGGAAGAGCUAAGAAAGGUCAAUCCAGGAGCUACAUCUCUGCCCUACAUCUCUGAGUUAAGUUUAUCCUGUUUGUGUUCCCUGAAGCUUCAGCUUUUCAAGUAUGGAGGUUUUGGCCUGUUUCAGAUCAGCUCCUCUGCAAUUCAACAGGAGACCUCCUUUCUUUAAUACCAACCUUCUGCCCCUCUUAUCCUUUUGCUAUCUCAUCCUUCACCUGGAAGCUGUAAAUAUACCAGAAUUUGAUGUGAUGGCCAUGUUUUCUUCUUUGUUUGUAAAUAAACUUGUGUUUGUUUGACUA